AUGAAGUUUUCCGCCACCUUUGUUCUUGCUGCCCUCACGGCUUGGUCCAGUGCCGCCCCAACGCCUGGCAAGACCGUCGAGGAUUACACCAUCGGUCCUGGAAAGGUCAAGUCUGUUGAGGACUACACUAUUGGGCCGGGCAAGCAGGCCAAGUCUGUUGAAGAUUACACCAUCGGCCCUGGAAAGCAGGUCAAGUCUGUCGAGGACUAUACCAUCGGGCCGGGACAGCAGGUCAAGUCGGUCGAGGAUUACACUAUUGGACCAGGCAAGCAGGCCAAGUCCGUUGAGGACUACACCAUCGGCCCUAGGAAGCGCGGCAUGUCUGUCGAGGACUACACCAUCGGUCCUAGUAAGCAGGCCAAGUCUGUCGAGGACUAUACUAUCGGUCCAGGAAAGCAGGCCAAGUCUGUUGAAGACUAUACCAUCGGUCCUGGCAAACAGGUAAAGUCUGUCGAGGACUACACCAUCGGACCGGGCAAGCAGGCCAAGUCUGUCGAGGACUAUACCAUCGGUCCUGGUAAGCAUGCAUAG